CCAUUCUUCCAAUUCACACACUUACACUUGCACUCUUAACAUCAGCCAAAUGGUUUACUUGGCACUGUGCUCUCUGCUAACGUUGGCCUUAUCUUUGGCCACAACACAUGCAGCAAACUUCGAGAUCGUCAACAAUUGCCCCUACACGGUGUGGGCCGCGGCGAGUCCGGGUGGAGGCCGGCGUCUGGACCGUGGCCAAACGUGGAACCUCUGGGUGAACCCGGGCACUGCCAUGGCCCGUAUAUGGGGCCGCACCGGGUGCAACUUUGAUGGCAGCGGCCGCGGCCGCUGCCAAACGGGAGACUGCACGGGCGGCCUCAAUUGCCAAGGCUGGGGGGUCCCUCCCAACACACUUGCGGAAUUCGCGUUGAACCAAUUUGGCAACCAGGAUUUCUACGACAUCUCUUUGGUGGACGGGUUCAACAUUCCGAUGGACUUCUACCCUCUAAACGGUGGGUGUCACAAAAUCAGUUGCAGCGCUGAUAUCAAUGGGCAGUGCCCGGGGCCAUUAAGGGCACCUGGGGGAUGCAACAACCCCUGCACUGUGUUUAAGACGAAUGAGUAUUGCUGCACCAAUGGGCAAGGAAGCUGUGGGCCCACAAACUACUCAAGGUUCUUCAAGGAUAGGUGCCAUGAUUCUUAUAGUUACCCUCAGGAUGAUCCAACAAGUACUUUUACGUGUCCCGCUGGCUCUAACUACAAGGUCGUCUUCUGUCCAUUGGGAGAACCUCAUGUUACUCUUCAUAUGCCUGCUAGUACCGCCCACCAGUAAAUAAAUGUCCUUCCAUGGGCCUACGAGGAAAUGAAGUUUUUGCUACAACUUCAUUUAUAUAUGAUCAUAAUCAAUAAACUCGGACUUUGCUUCUGUUUAAUUUUCUGUGUAAUGUAUGACCAAAAUUAAAUCAUCGAGUAAAAUGACUUCUGUCAAUUUGUGGGAUUUCUCUAUAAUUCGACUUCUAAUAAUUUACUUUUGUGUU